GCUCCCCAGGCCGGGCUGGGUUUGUUCCUGGUGUGGCAAACGUGCUUCAUUCUUUACUGGAGAAAGCUCCCCAGACUGCUACAGAUUCAAAUUUUCCAGGUGGGAGGAGGCUUGACACGCAGCUCAUCUCAACAACUGCUGCCAGCAGCAAGGAACCGAGAACAGAAUCUGAGGAGUUACUUGGAAGACGCCUGGGACCCCCUACCACACACAGGAAUCACCUGCUGAGAGAAAAUGUUGGCAGCCUAUUUUGACUGCCCAGGAGGCCCAGAAAAUCUCUAUGUGAAAGAAGUGAUGAAACCACAUCCAGGAGAAGGCGAAGUUCUCGUGAAGGUCUCUGCCAGUGCCCUGAAUAGGGCUGAUUUACUCCAGAGGAGGGGGAAGUACCCUCCCCCUAAAGGAGCAAGUGAUAUUUUAGGCUUAGAAGCAGCUGGGAGAGUGGCUGGGCUGGGAGCUGGCUGCAAGGGCCAGUGGAAGCCAGGUGAUGCAGUGAUGGCUCUGCUCUCCGGAGGUGGCCAGGCAGAAUAUGUCACAGUCCCUGAAGGCCACCUGAUGCCAGUUCCCAAAAAUCUGACGCUGACUCAGGCUGCAGCCAUCCCUGAGGCCUGGUUAACAGCCUUCCAGCUGCUGCAUUCUGUAGCUAAAGUACAGAAGGGUGAGAGAGUGCUGAUCCAUGGGGGAGCCAGUGGGGUUGGCAUGGCAGCCAUCCAGCUGGUCAGGCUGACAGAAGCCAUUCCCGUGGUGACAGUGGGAACUCAGGAGAAACUGAAAGCAACAGCGAGCGCCGGAGCAGCCGCGGGGUUCAACUACAGGAGUGAAGAUUUCAGUGAAAAGGUCUUGGCUUUCACCCACGGUACUGGAGUAGAUGUUAUUUUGGAUUGUGUUGGAAGUUCCUACUGGGAGAAGAAUCUGAAGUGUCUGAGUACAGGUGGCCGGUGGAUUAUUUAUGGACUUCUGAGUGGAGGUGAAGUACACGGAGAUUUGCUUGGAAAGCUGCUCUCCAAAAGAGGGAGCAUCCAGACAAGUCUGCUACGGCCACGAGACAAGGAGUAUAAGGAACAGCUGGUGAAAGCCUUCACAGAAGAUGUGCUGCCCUAUUUUUCGGGAGGAGCCUCCCCUCAUCUCCAACCAGUUGUUGACAGCAUUUACCCUCUGCACCAGAUUGCACAGGCACACAAGUUCAUGGAAGAAAACAAGAAUAUUGGCAAAAUUGUCAUCGAAAUGCCCACUUCAUCUUAAAGAAAAGCCUCCUGCCGUAGUUGUUUCAGGGGCAGAAUCAAUAGAGGAGGGGGGGGUGACAAGCAGAAAAUCUGCUAUUUCUGCUUCCAAAUCCAGAAGGGUUUAUUGUGGGCGGGUGGCAAAAAAAAAGGGGGGGGAAGCCUUAGGGAUGUGUUUAAUAAAAAGAUACAAGUUGCAACUCGGGCAGCGUGUACUGAAGAG